AUGCUGCAGUUCAUGUGCGAAGAAGGACGUGUGCUUACAGCCCCUGCAGUGCAGAAGUGUCUUGAUGGGCACAUGGAUUUGCCAUCGUGUAUCUCUGAAAGAGGGAAAAACUGCAGCCACCCACCCACUAUUCAAAAUGGAGACAUUGUUACUUGGUAUCAGGAGCAGUACACCUCUGGUUCUUCAGUAGAAUUCAAAUGCCAAAAAUAUUAUGCUAUGGAAGGACAUAACAAGUCUUUUUGUGACAAUGGGAACUGGACCAAAGUGCCUGCUUGCUUAGAAAUUACAUGUAAUUCCCCAAGUGUGGCUGCUGGUACUUUCAGACCACAAAGAAAUGUGUACCAAUAUGAGGAUUUUAUUCUUAUCACCUGUGACAGCAGUUCUCGGGUAGACAAAGAGCAGCAUUUUGCCGAAUGCACAAGGAAUGGAUGGUCACCUGCACCAGAGUGUGGCAACAGAACCUGCCGUGAGCCACCUACAGUUGCCAAUGGUGAUAUUGUGAAAGGAGCAGCCAACUCUUAUCCACCUGGGCACCAAGUGCAUUAUCAGUGCUAUGAAGGAUUUGCAAUGAAGGGAUCAGCCACUGUAACAUGUGAGAGGAAGACAUGGUCUGAGCCACCAAGGUGUGAAGAUACAACAUGUCCUCCUCCACCUGGAAUUGCUAAUGGGCAGAUUAAAGGUCAAAGAAAGCAAAAGUAUCUGCAUAUGGAAUGGGUACACUAUCUUUGUUUUCCAGGAUACCUUCUCACUGGAAAUCCUACAGUAAGAUGUUUGGACAAGCAAUGGACAGAAGCACCAAUUUGCAGAGAUGCUGAAGGAAAAUGUCCUCUCCCACCUCUCAUAGAAAAUGGAGAUAUUGUGAACAUUCCAAAAACAGAAUAUCUGCCAGGAGAAUCUGUACAAUAUCAAUGCCAAAAUUUCUACAAAAUGGAAGGGUCUCCAACGGUAACUUGUAACAAUGGCGAUUGGUCAGCUGAACCAAGAUGCCUAGUUCCUUGUACAGCAUCAGAAGAAGACAUGGGUCGUAACAACAUUAAGCUGAGGUGGAAAUCUGAUACAAAACUAUAUUCAGAAUCUGGAGAUACCAUAGAAUUCACCUGCAUACAUGACUUUAGUCUGGCUCAAGGCUCUCCUCCAUUCCGAGCUCAGUGUCGAGAUGGCACAAUCACAUAUCCAAGAUGUGAAUGAGUGAUUUAAGCAUGCAAGAGACUUUUUCAACUGGCCAAUGGUCUUUCCUCAUCACUGAACACGUCUUUACAAUACUAUCUAAUCAAGCUGGAUUUUGCAACUAUAUUUUCCUGACGAAUGUGCAACUGCUCCCGAUGCAAUAGGGACCUGGAAUGGGACGCCUUUUCUCAGCAGCCUCACGAUGACUCAGCAGUUGCCCAUCAUGACCAGCAAAGAUCGCCAUGGGCAACUCAUGAAAUGGCUGCAAACACAGCUGUAGGCCACUUUUGAUAACAUUCAGUGUAAAGCAUUAAAAAAGUGAUGCUAUAGAAAGGAAGGGAGGAAAAAUGACCCUGGAAACAAGUGGGGGAGUAUUUUGCAAAUACAUUUCUGAGUCAAGAAGCUCAACUCUUUUUGAGAAUGUCCAUGGCUGGGUAUAAUUACAAUAGCUCACUAUUCUGAAUA